CAAAAAGUACAUCAUGUUUUUUUCUUCUUUUCAGAAUUGAUGUACAGUUCCUCACGUACGUACUAUGCACGCUUUCUCUUUCUGUGAAUUCUCACGUAUUGUCACCUUCAACGCCUGACCCUACACAUCCAGCCGUUUGACACAGAGCUGUGCGCGCGCGUGAGUGUGUGUGUAUGUGUGUGAAUACAGACUUGUGAGUGUAACGUUACAUCUAUGUCGUCGCGGCUAGCAAGCUGUAGCCGAGCAGCAGCCUCAUCAGAGCGGUGAAGCUGUCAGGUCAAUACUGUCUAUGGAUCAAUCCCGCGCUGCAGGAACUAGACGGAUAGAUCAGCUGCGUGUGAUGACUGAUCAGUGAGGAUGAGGAGCCGCAGUAACUCAGGAGUGAGGUUGGAUGCCUAUGCCAGGCUGGUCCAAGAGACUAUCCUGUGCCAUCAGAACCCAGUGACAGGACUUCUGCCUGCCAGUGCCCAGAAGAAGGAUGCCUGGGUGAGGGAUAAUGUGUACAGUGUCCUGGCUGUGUGGGGGCUGGGCAUGGCUUACCGCAAGAACGCAGACCGCGAUGAAGACAAGGCCAAGGCCUACGAACUGGAGCAGAGUGUGGUAAAGCUGAUGCAGGGACUUCUGCAGUGCAUGAUGAGACAGGUGGCCAAGGUGGAGAAGUUCAAACAGACCCAGAGUACAAAGGAUUGCUUGCAUGCCAAAUAUGAUACUCCAACCUGUGGCACGGUGGUCGGGGACGACCAGUGGGGCCAUCUCCAGGUGGACGCCACCUCCAUUUACCUGCUGAUGCUGGCACAGAUGACAGCCUCAGGUCUUUGUAUCAUCUCAAACCUGGAUGAGGUGGUCUUCAUCCAAAACCUGGUCUUCUACAUAGAGGCUGCCUACAAAGUGGCGGAUUAUGGGAUGUGGGAACGAGGUGACAAGACCAAUCAAGGCAUCCCCGAGCUCAAUGGCAGCUCUGUAGGAAUUGCUAAGGCGGCUCUGGAGGCCAUAGAUGAGCUGGAUCUUUUUGGUGCCCAUGGAGGGCCAAAGUCAGUCAUCCAUGUUUUGCCUGAUGAAGUGGAACAUUGUCAGUCCAUCCUGUGCUCCAUGCUGCCAAGAGCUUCCACUUCAAAGGAGAUAGACGCCGGCCUUCUGUCUGUCAUUUCCUUCCCUGCUUUUGCUGUAGAGGAUGCUGAGCUGGUGGCCAUUACUAAGUCAGAAAUCAUAACAAAACUGCAGGGUCGCUAUGGCUGCUGUCGCUUCAUUAGGGAUGGAUAUCGUUGUCCCAAAGAGGACCCAUCUCGGCUGCACUACGAUCCUGCAGAGCUCAAGCUGUUUGAGAAUAUCGAAUGUGAGUGGCCCGUGUUCUGGACUUAUCUCGUCCUUGACGGUAUCUUUGCUGGAGAUCAAGUGCAGGUACAGGAGUACCGUGAGGCACUGGAAGGCAUUUUGAUCAGAGGGAAGAACGGCAUCAAACUGUUGCCCGAACUUUAUGCUGUACCUCCUGACAAGGUGGAGGAGGAGUACAGGAAUCCUCACUCAGUGGACAGAGUGGCCAUGGGGCAGCUGCCGCACAUGUGGGGACAGUCACUCUACAUCUUGAGCUGUCUUCUGGCCGAGGGUUUUUUAGCACCAGGAGAGAUAGAUCCUCUCAACAGGAGAUUCUCGACAAACUUAAAGCCAGAUGUUGUGGUACAAGUUUGUGUUCUAGCAGAAUCUGAGAAGAUCCAGCAGUUGUUAAGUGAUCACGGGAUCAAGGUCCAGACAAUGUCAGAAGUUCUGCCUAUCAGGGUCAUGCCUGCUCGCAUCCUGAGCCAUGUUUAUGUUAGACUGGGGAACUGCAAGAAACUUAAUUUGAGCGGGAGGCCCUACAGACACAUUGGAGUUUUGGGAACAUCCAAAUUCUACGAGAUCAGAAAUCGCUCUUAUAUAUUCACCCCCCAGUUUCUGGAUCAGCACCAUUUCUACUUGGCACUGGACAACCAGAUGAUUGUGGAGAUGUUACGAACAGAGCUGGCCUAUCUCUCCUCUUGCUGGAGGAUGACAGGACGGCCCACACUCACUUUCCCCAUCACCCACAGCAUGCUGGUUGAAGAUGGAGAUGGGAUUGAUUCGUGUAUCCUAGCAACCCUCCGAAAACUACAGGAUGGCUAUUUUGCCGGAGCGAGGGUGCAGAUGUCAGACCUAUCGAGUGUCCAGAGCACUUCCUUUCACACUGACCUCAGCUUCCUGGGUGAAGAGAAGGAUGACAGCUUACUCGAGGAUGAAGAGGAUAAUGAUGAAUAUGGAGAGGAAUAUUACAACUGUAGGCCCUCAGAGGGCUCUAAAGACAUGUUUGACCAGUACCUCACACAGCUCCUCCACAGCACCAAUACCAAGUACCAUCUUCCUCCCAUCCAGAGUGGGCAGCACCACGUCUUCAGUGCGGAACACAGCACCAGAGACAUCCUGUCUUUUAUGGCCCAGGUUCAGGGCCUAAACAUGCCCAAGUCUUCCAUGUAUCUACCUGUGACUCCUGUUAGGAACAAACGCCGCAAAGGUCUCAACUUACUUGAAGUUUCUCCUAAUUCUCAACAUGGCCCAAAUGUAAAGCAGCACAAGUCUAACAGUGCUGCUGACCUGCACCUGCCUCGAGACUCCCAGGGCAACACAGAUUUUGCAGCGUUGGUGAGGCAGCUGAAAGAGUGUCCGACCCUGCAAGACCAGGCUGACAUACUCUACAUCCUUUACGUGAUGAAAGGGGCUGAUUGGCUGGUGGAGUUGUCAGUUCCUGGGCAGGGCGGAGUCAGCGUGCGUUCCCUGCUGGAGGAGCUGUAUGUACAAGCUGGAGCCUGCAAAGAGUGGGGACUCAUCAGAUACAUCUCUGGGAUACUACGCAAGAGAGUGGAGGUCCUCGCUGAGGCCUGUACAGAUCUUAUUUCCCAUAACAAGCAGCUGACUGUAGGUCUACCUCCUGAGCCCAGGGAAAGAGUCAUCACAGUUCCACUUCCUCCUGAGGAGUUGAACACUCUCAUCUAUGAAGCCAGUGGUCAGGACAUCAGUGUAGCUGUACUCACGCAGGAAAUCAUGGUCUAUCUAGCCAUGUACAUGCGCUCCCAGCCCGCUCUCUUUGGGGACAUGCUCCGGCUCAGGAUAGGACUCAUCAUGCAAGUGAUGGCCACUGAGCUGGCUCGCAGUCUGCACUGCUCUGGGGAAGAGGCGUCUGAGAGUUUGAUGAGCCUGAGUCCUUUUGGCAUGAAAAACCUGCUGCAUCACAUCCUCAGUGGCAAAGAGUUUGGGGUGGAGAGGAGCAUGCGCCCAAUCCAGUCAACAGCCACUAGUCCUGCCAUCUCCAUCCAUGAACUCGGCCACACUGGAGCCACUAAGACUGAACGCACAGGAAUACACAAGCUGAAGAGUGAGAUAAAACAGAUCUUCAGCGGCGGUCUUUCCUUGAGUAGCAAUGCCACUUCUCCUCGCUCCACGCGCUGCAGCAGCCCCUCCACCCCCAGUGGGAUCCUGUCCCCUGUGGGCCCCGGUUCAGGAGAUGGACAGCUGGACUGGGGGGAGAGGCAAGGCCAGUGGCUGAGGCGACGCAGGCUGGAUGGAGCUAUCAACAGAGUACCAGUUGGUUUCUACCAGAAGGUCUGGAAGAUCCUGCAGAAGUGCCAUGGCCUAUCCAUCGAUGGAUAUGUGUUGCCCUCGUCUACUACAAGAGAGAUGACAGAGGGAGAGAUCAAGUUUGCGGUGCAGGUGGAGUCUGUCCUAAACCAUGUCCCUCAACCAGAGUACCGGCAGCUACUAGUGGAGACUAUGAUGGUUCUUGGCCUGGUAGCUGACGUGGACGUGGACAGCAUUGGUAGCAUUAUACACGUGGACCGCAUCCUGCAUCUGGCCAAUGACCUGUUCCUCAGUGACCAGAAAUCCCACAGUGCCAGUGAUUACUUCCUUGAGAAGGACCCAGCGACCGGAAUCUGCAACUUUUUCUACGAUAGCGCCCCCAGUGGCAGCUAUGGCACCAUGACCUACCUGUCUAAGGCAACGAUCACUUAUGUCCAAGACUUCCUGCCAAGCUCCAGCUGCCUGAUGCAGUAAAACAGUAAACUGAACACGUGAAGAGACAUGUUUUAUUAUAAGUAAAGGACCAUCUAGUUAAAGGCAGCAAAGCUUCUUAUUUUCACCUGAUACAGUCCAUGUGGUGCUUGUGAGUAUUCAGUCUUCAACUCUGUAGCUCUCAUACACUGAUGUGCAUCAUAGCUUGGCAGCUGAUUUCAAACUAUUACAAUAAUUUAUUUUUUCUGUGUCAAGUCUGGACUGUGAACUUAUUUAUUACUUAAACAUGCUGCUCAAAUGUGUGUUUACAGGACUUACUAACAAACGUACAUAUAAAUUUGCACAGCUAUGUGCUUUUGUGCUCUUUGUGUUGUGUGUGUGAGAAUAUAUGAACAGUUAACUGUCUUGUAAUUAAAUGUGUCAUAUGGUAUAAUUUUACAGAGCUCUGUAGUUACUAGGGUAAGCAUUUUGAUCAUUUGUGCAUACAAAUGAUUAUUUCCCUUAAACCAAUCAGUGUAUUUAAAUUUUCUGCCGCUAUUACUUUUUUUUGCUUCUAUAUAUCUAUAUUUUUAAUAAUAUAAAAAUGUAUUGUUCGAUUGUAAUGGCUGAGCUUAAAUACGCUCAAAAAUAAUACAAUAUAAAUCAUAAAAUCAAUUUGUUCCCUCAAAUUACUUAAUCUCUCCCACAGCUGAUUAAUUUGUACAUAUGCUUUUUUUUAAUCCCUUUGGUAGCUUCCAGGCUCUUUAUAAUUCAGUGUUGAUGAUACUGAAACUUGUAAUUUGUAUUAGUUGUAGUCCUUUUGUCUUUGAGUAUGUGUUGCGUGUUUUAAAAAAUGUAUGGAAAAUAAUCCAUCUGUUCAUAUUGAAUGUCACCCCAAGGUUUUGCUACAGACAUAGUGAGUCAUUUUGCACGUGCCUCAACAUAUUGACGCUUUGUUCAGUGAAGAUAAGUUUUUUCCCUUGUAUGUUGGGGUAAAAGUCUGUUUUAAUACUGGUACUUAGUAUAUAUAUAUAAGUUUGGACACACUUUCUUAUUCCAGUGAAUGGGAAAGUGUGUUCAAACCUUUGACUGAUACUAUAUAUACAGUAUAUGCAUGAUGUAUACGUAAGAAUGAAAUGGCAGUGCAGGAAGAUAUUUGUAAAGUACUAGAGAGGUCCAGAGUAUGUUGAAUAGGGUCUUUGUAAGUCUGAGAAGCACAGAAAGGAAAAACGUUUUAAAUAACUUUCAUCCCAAUACUUGAUUUUGAAAGCAAAAUGGCAGGAAGCAGUAAAAUGUUGAUAUAUUUUAACCUUCUUUAAUGCUGAAACCCUGAAAUAUUUGCAUUUACUUAAAACUAAAACUAAAAUAGAAAGAAUUAAAAUAUAUGUUGGCAUAUAUAAUUAUUUUGCUAUUGUAAUACAUUAUAAAUGUCUCCAAUUUAACAUUUAAAGACCUGUUCAGUUUUUU